AUGGCCAAGAAUAAGUCGCGGUUGACACUAAUCAAGCUUGUUUCUACAGCAAAAACCGGGUUCAAUAGAUUCCUCUACCGGCCGCGUAACUGCCCGCUCAUGACCCAAGUGCGCUAUGACCCUAUUGCCAUGCGUCAUGUCCUUUUCACCGAGGGCCGUAAACGCAAGAUCGAGGCCAAGCCGUUGCCUAAUUUCCGCAACGCUACCUACGAUAAGCGUGGAACUCGUUUGUUUUAA